AUGACGCCAAUAGCUAAAACAGUGUUUCUAUUAGGGUUAGGGUUGCCAUCUGCAUUGGAUUUUGCCGGGUGUCUUUCUGCUCAUCCGGUUGUUAAGCUGCCAGUUUUUCGUUGGCCACAAGGGGACGGCGGUGGUGAGCUUGAAAUCGAGCAACAAAACAUCCAACGAGCGAUCUCUUUGUCUUCAUACUUUUUACAGCCAUUUCCAGUUCCAAGAAAGGGUGGAAGGUCGAAGGAAAAGAUGGGGUUCACCAUGUUCGGACGAUACGCCAUCAUCGCCGUCUCUGCUACGCUGCUAGGACUCCCGCAGCUCAUUUCUGGAACUGUGUCCGGUGGGGAGGUGCCGGCACCGACUUGCAAGGCAGUUUCAGUAAACUACAUCACACAUUCUCUUCCACAGCAAUGUUUACGGACAUCGCGGACACAGACCGUCACAGUUACAGCUACAGUGUCCGGUAGUGGAGGUGAAGGCCACUCGGGGGUGGAGCCAACGACAACAACGGUAACGACGGUAGCAACGACCACGAGAGUCUUAUCGAAAGGCUUGAGUUUUGGAAAACCAAAUACUAAUAUUGAAAAAUCUCACGCAUCUAUCACAACAGCUUCUACCGCAAUUAAUCAAUCGAUACCACCAUCGUCAGCUACUGCUCCGGUGAGCUCUACGCCUGUUCCAAUCGAGCAACUGCCUAAAGAAUCAGAUUCAGAUGAUUCACCCCUUGAUACGGCAAAUUUCCUCUCCUUCGAGGAAUGGAGGGCCCAAAAUCUCGCAAAAGCUGGUCAAUCGACCGAGAAUUUCGAGUACCGGGUGCGAGAACCACGAAACGAUCCACGGGCGAUCAACAAUGCCCUAGAUGCUCUUGGCGAAGAUGCCGAAAUUGAGCUUGAUUUUGGAUUUGAUUCAGUUCCCGAGUACCGAAUUGGCCGAGCCGAGAGAGUUGCUACUCCAGCACCCGCACAAACGGAAACCCUUGGAGGAUACUCUAGGUCCAAAGAUGCGGGAAAGACUUGCAAGGAGCGAUUCAAUUAUGCGUCUUUUGACUGUGCUGCUACAGUUCAUAAAACGAACCCAGGAAGCAAGGGUGCUACAGCAAUUCUUGUAGAGAAUAAAGACAACUACAUGCGGAACAAAUGUAGCCAAGAAAAUAAAUUCUUUGUCGUGGAGUUGUGUGAGGAUAUUCUUGUGGACACGGUUGUCCUCGCCAACUUUGAGUUUUUCUCUUCGAUGUUCCGGACCUUCCGAGUUUCUGUUAGUGAUCGAUACCCCGUUAAACAGAAUGGAUGGAAGGACCUUGGCACAUUUGAAGCAAGAAAUACGAGACAAGUCCAGGCGUUCCUGAUCGAGAACCCAUUGAUUUGGGCACGUUACCUCCGCGUGGAAUUGUUGACGCACUAUGGAAAUGAGUUUUACUGCCCAGUGAGCUUGUUGAGGGUGCACGGUACAACGAUGAUGGAGGAGUUUAAACAUCAAGAAGAACUCUCGAGGGGCGAAAUUGAGGAUGAUGUGAGGGAGGAUGUGGUUCCGGAAGCCGUAGCAGUGGGUAUUCAGGAUAUUGUUAUCACACCGGCACCGACGGAGGCAGAGAAGCCAGUAGAAAGUUAUCUGGAGUAUACAACGACUGACUUGGAUGAAACUUCGGCGGAGAUCUAUGAGCCAAAUCAAGAUUCGGUUAAGAGGAACUUGAUUGAUACUCCGCCGCCAGUAUGUACGCCGAGGGCCCUUUAUGAUGUCUACAUUUUCGAUCCCCCUCGAUUAGCUGUAUGCGGGGUAACUCACACGUCUUCAACCACUUUGCGAACUGUCAGGGCUCACUCCGAGCCCGAAACUUUGAUAAACGCAGGAUCUAUUUCUACAGCGAGCUCGAAGACAGUUCAAUCAGCGCCCCAAGCAAGUACCAAAGAGCAUAUUGCAGCUGCCCCCUCUGUUCAGAGCCUACCACAACGGGAAACUGCUUCUACCGGUAUCAAAUCUCAAGCUGUUUCGGUCACGCAAGAGGUAAAGCACAACCAUCCCCAACAAUACCAUGCCUCCCCUCCGCCGUCGCCCCCGAGCCCUCCACAUGCGAUCCCUACGACCCAGGAAAGUUUCUUCAAGACAGUCCACAAAAGGCUUCAGUUGCUUGAGCAAAACGCCACUCUUUCGCUCCAAUAUAUUGAAGAUCAGUCGAGGAUUCUGCGGGAUGCGUUUAUGAAAGUCGAAAAGCGUCAGAUGGAGAAGACAGCACACUUCAUUCAACAGUUGAACACAACUUUCCUAAUAGAGCUGCUACUUUAUAAGCAACAAUAUGACCAACUCUGGCAAUCAACGGUAAUAGCCCUCGAAUCUCAACGCGAGCAAUCAGAACGAGAAAUGAUUGCUGUCUCCACACGACUCACCAUCCUCGCGGACGAGAUGAUAUUUCAAAAACGAAUGUAUCAAAUCCAAUCCGUGCUCCUGCUCAUCACCAUCGGUGUUGUUAUAUUCUCCCGAAACGGAAACCUUGAUACACCUCUCCUACAACACAUGAGGACCCGCAGUACCCUGCGUAUGCUCGAUACCCCCCCAUCUAGCCCGCUUCCGGGUGUCACUAUAAGUAGGGCAAUGUCUCACCGCCGCCAUAAAAGUGAUGAUUCCAUCACAUCUCCAACAUUCGAACUUUCACCCCCUUCCCCGGAUGAUUACAUGUCACCUAUAGAAAGCAAUGAGUCCAUGCCAAGUGGCACACAAAGCUCACCAGCAACACCUAAUGGAACGCGUCCUCGCCGUGGCUGGGGGCACCAGUUUGGACCGAAGUUGAGAGUCGAGAGUAAAGGCCGCAGAUGGCAAAGAUUACCAAGUCCGCUAGGCAGUGCCGUGGGUGAGGACUACGACAUAAAAAGCCCGGAGGACGAGGAGUACGAAAGGACUAUGGAGUUAGAUAGAGAGACAGGGUUACAGACUCCAGAACCGAGCCCGGAACCGGAGCCAGAGCGAUCUUCGACUCAAGAAUUAACACCGGAAACGAGCUCAAGUGGUAGCUCGUCCUCAUAA